AUGGCGGACGCGGAAGCCAGGUUUCGAACGAAACUCUCGAAACAGAGCCGCACCCUCAAAGCCGCCGUGGCAGAGUACCGGCGGCGGUACAAGCGCGACCCGCCGCUCGGUUUCGACGCAUGGUGGGCUUUCGCGCAGGAGAACGGAGUGAAGCUCGUGGACGAGUAUGACGGACUCGUCGCGGACCUCGAGCCGUUUUGGGCUUUGACGGGGCGGCAAGUACGGGACAGGGCUGCCGAGGCCGGACGAUUCCCCUUCAUCAACCUCGUACGCAUAAUGAACGGACAGGCGGACGCGUUUAACGCCCAAGCUGGUGCCGAUUCCGAGGAUAUCCAAGGCCGAGCAGCUGCCUUCGUUUCACUAGUGAAGCGACACGCGCAUCUGCUCCCGGAUAUGAUCAUGCCCGUCAACUCCCGCGGUGAAGGCCGCGUCCUCGUCCCUUGGGACCACCGCGAAGAUCCCGCCGCACACCCUGCCUCCCCCUCAUACCAAGAGUUGAUACCAGACUGGCGCGGCGAUGGGAACGUUUGGGAAGCUUUCCGUCGUUCGUGCGACCCCUCCUCGCCAUCACGCAAGCUCUACUCCGCACUCCGACCCUCAAACCUCGUCACCAACUCCACCCCCUCCCUCAAAACGACCCUCCAGUUCCACCCCGGCGACUCGAUCACUUCGUUCUGUCAGAUCCCGUGGGCGCAUUACACCCAAGGUCACUUCUUCUCCGACUGGCGUACCAUAACUGGGCUGUACCCCAUCUUCUCCGCCGCUCGCGCACCCGGGUUCAGCGACAUUCGCAUCCCGAGUCACUACUACUACUGGCCUACGUUCCGGCACACGUACGGCUUCGACCCGGUCAACCUGGUCGUGAAGGAGCACGACGAUACCGAGACGCCUUGGGAACUGAAGACGAACAAGAUCUACUGGCGCGGGCCAACUACGGGAGGGGGUGGAAACCCUCCGGGCCAUGCGCACCAGUUCCACCGACACCGCUUCUUGCGCAUGUCCAGCUCGAACUCGACGUCCAACACGUCCCUCGUCUUCGCCGACCCGCCCUCGUCCAGCAACUGGGUCUCCGCCCACGUCCCGAUCGGCGAACUCAACAAGGAAAUCAUGGACGCUGCCUUCGUCAAGGACGUGUACGCAGACGUGUACCCCGGUGGCCUCGAGGCGCUGCACGCGGACCAUCGCUGGGACGACGCGGUCAGCCUCGGCGAGCACUGGCGGCACAAGUACUUGCUCGACAUGGACGGCAUGGGCUACUCUGCCAAAUUCUUCGCCAUCCUCGAGAGCGACAGCGCCGCGCUCAAGGCGACAAUAUACGAAGAGUUCUACUCGGACUGGAUCCAGCCCUGGCUGCACUUCAUUCCGCUCUCGCCUUUCUACCAGGAGGUGUACAACAUCCAUGCGUUCUUCUCUGGCCCGACGGAGGCAGCCGCGUUGGCAGCGAACGCAAGCGCGACCUACACGCCGCCGGACCCGUAUCGUCCUACAGAUGGCGACAAACGAUUGAGGCGCAUUGCGCGCGCUGGCAAGCAAUGGAAACGGACCAUCGGCCGAGAGGUCGACAUGGAAGCCUACGUGUUCCGGCUUUGUCUUGAAUUUGCACGGAUUUCGUCAGACGACCGAGACGCCAUGAGCUACAAGUCAUAA